AUGCAGCGCUACGCCUGUCUCUUCCUUUUUUCGGAUCAUACUGGCCCUGGCAUGUACAUGCGUGGAUUGGAUCGCUUCGUCGCCUCUUCCUCUUCCUCGGUCGCGGCGCGUGCAGAUGCCACGACCGGCCUCGUCGGCGCCUGCAUGGCGCACCAGGACGAAGAGACAGCGACAGCGACGGCGCUUGGGGGUGUGGGUUCAGGGUCCCUACCUGGGGCGAAGAGGAAAAUGUUGUACUAG